UUUUCUGCGUGAAAAAUCACUAAUAAAAUCUUCAUUUUGCCACGUGCAAAACAAACUAAUUUUAACCACAGCAUGUCAUGUUCCGCUCAAUCUGUCAUCUCAUCAAAUCUGGUAUAAAAUGGUCGCUCCAACUAGUGCAAUGUCCACUGUGUGCCUAUUUUGUUUUGCAAAGGAAAGUUAUGUCACAGACAAACAGACGUGACUCUCCAUACAAAUUAUUUUUGAAAUCCAUCGUCCUUCAUCAAAUCACCAAAUCACGGCGACGCCAGCGCUGCCUGGUGAGCUGAUGCCGAAGCGCAGCCCAAACAUACCAAUACAAACCCAUUACUGUCAUGUGCCACGUCAGUGUAUGCGUGAGACAAUCAAGCCUAAACGAUUGUAAACAUCAACAGCUGAUCGAAAUAAUUUUGUUGUUGCUACUCGACGAAAAGAAUAAAAAUCAACACCGAAGGCCGAAGAUGACGGCGGGUUGGUUCCGUUUCAAAUAGCAGAACCUUAUGAGUCAAAUCAUGGGGCAGCCAAAUCACUGGUCCUACCAGUUGCUACCAAGUUCUGUCGAAGAUUUCUCCUCCACCGAAACCUCGAAUCAUUACACCUAACACCAUCAUCAACAAGAUGCCCCUGGUCACGAAAACAUCAGUAGUGGUCGCCGAAAUAGAUAAAUCUAAUCUAAACCUACCGGAAAUAAUCCCCACGAUGGGCGUUUUGGAAAUUUCCACGGGGAACGUUCCAAAAAACGCUGCCACAAAAUUUACAUCGAAACAGAACCACAAAAACUGAACUGGAAAAAGAUUGAGUGGCGGAACAUCGCCAAUAGGCCAAAAGCAAUCUGAGCAGCAGUCCACGAAGGGCAAGCAGGUUGCUCCGAAGGAGUAACUCCACCACAGGAUCCGGCUUCCUCCGCAGUAGCCAGCGCCUCAGCAGCAACCUCGACAUCGGCAGGCAGUUGAGCAGGCCUACCGAGUUAAUAGUGGGGAAAGAGGCUAUGGCCAAGACUGCCCCAAUUUUGUCCUGGAAAGCCUGGAUUGUGAUUCACGGUUAGAAUUCCAUAAAUAUUUGUGCUCUCAUUUGCUGCUUCGCACGUGCUCACGCUCAACUUAAAAACAAAAACACGCUUCACACACACACUGAGAUAGACGGGCGAGCUGUCACGACAGCAGCGCCAUCGGCGCCGGGUGAGUGGAUGCCGAAACAAAAUUGCAUUUGAAAUAACCGUUUUUGGAGGACGAUGGUUCGGCACUCGAGUGUCCCGUCUGUUUGUCUGUGGUUAUGUGGUACAUCCUCGUGGUAAUUUAUCUUGCUCGAAUAACCGCGGCACUAAUCGAAGUCGAGCUGGAACGCAUCGAGCAAAUCGGCGCCGAACAUCUGAUGGACCUUUCCGGCAUGCGCGUACGGAAGUACAACCGGACCGUGUCCGUACUGGACGGGACAUACUCAAUCCUGAAGGAUCUGGACGAUUCGUUUGAAGUCACCCUUACCGUGGCCCGUAGUGCCCUCGGGAACAAUCAGUUCAACGAGUACCCGUUCAAGGUUCCCCGUAAGAAGGGCUGCCAGAUCAUCCGGGACGAGUACGCCGAGUAUCAGCAUAUUUGGCUCAACUACACCAAUCUGCCGCAGGUCGUCAAGGGAGAAGAGCCGUUUUGUCCGCUUCCGAAGGGGAGCUACUAUUUGAAAAACUUCCCGUCGGAUCCGUCCUGGGUUCCGCCGGUAGUUCCCGACGGCUACUGGCGAAUGACGUGGGAAGUCUACAGCGUGGUAUCGGGGGAGCUUCAGGGACAGGUGCGAUUGUUUCUUCGCAUCAAGAAGGAAUUGCUUUGAGGAAAACUUUAUUAAUUAUUAAACAUAUGAUACAAAUUUAAAAUGGUUUCAUUUUAAAUUACAAUUUAAAAAGGAAUUUCUCCAUUAAAAUAAACUAAUAGUUGCUAUAGGUAUAGGUCCUGAGGUAAAACUGAUGAUGUUGACUCCAUUUUUACCCCGCCAAUGACAAUUCUGAAUGAAACAAAGGAUUUUGGAUUUUUCAAGAAAUCUGUUACCGCAAUGAACUGUCACUUUUUACACGAGACUCACAAAUGCUAUCAAACAAAACAUUCGGUAGUAAGUGUGAGCUCUGUGUAUAGAGGGUGUCAAACCAAAAAGUGACCCCGUUCGUUUGACAACAGUUGGUGUCAAACCAUCGGGUUUUCAGUGUACUUCUUUGUUAGAUUGAUUAUCUCAUUUGACUAUCACACGUGUAAAUUACUGGCUGCGUGUUUCGAAAAUCUACCAUCAAUUUGUGACUGGUAUUAAACAAGCUUGCAGCCUACUUAUAUCAAUCCGUCAUCCAAUCGCAAACCAUGGUACCGUAAACCGGGGUGGCAUUGAUAGGCUUUCAAUUGGGUCCUGAAAUGAAGUUUAAAUUUGUGAUAUUAUUGCUCAUAACGAUAAAGCUUAUUUUUCUGAGUACAAUGAUCCUUUGAACAACCACAAAGGAUUUAAAAUGGAUUUUUAAUUGAAUUUUAAAAAAUUGACUUCAUGGUCCUUCUUGACAGAAAAGGUCCUACUUGACAGCUCGUUCCAAGGGGACCAUAGUUUAUCAAUCGAAAAAAUGUUGUCUUGUCAAUGUUUUUUUUGCAUUAAAUUAAAAAAAAAAGUGAUUAGAAAUGGUUUUUAAUCGUGUUU